GUCGAGAUGACGGAACAGACGUCGAGGACUUCUUCUCCUGCAGCAGGCUCCAUUGCACAGAAUGGAGAUAGUACCGGCACAGUAACCUUUUGCUUUUGCUGCGCGAGGAAUAAAACACAACUAAGUAGAAUGUCUCGCACGGCGAGCGUGGGCUGGUUUCACGCUUUUACUGGAGGAAAGACGCCGCGCGGAGAGUUUCUUCUUGUUGCCUUUGUCAUUCCCAUCAGCGAUUGAUCAUCCAGGCAUGGUUUGCGCGAUGGAAAAAAAUCGUUGUCGGGUUGCUGCGGUGCUGCGGCAUUUGCAUAUCAGCUCCUCGCUGUUUCGGCUGCGUGCGGUGGUUGAGAUUCACCUUCUUGGUGUUCCUGCAACUCGCAGUGCAGAUCUACUUUGGUAUAACGGCGAAACGACCGAGAGUGCGCUGUUGACGCAGGCACGUAGCGAGGCUUUUCUUGCGGACCUGGAAGAUGACAGUGGACCGCUAUCUGCGGCGCCGAUUACUUCUGGACCACCGGGGCAGCCUAGCCGGGCGUCGCGUGCAGACGAAGAUUCAACAGUGAUCGUUGCUGCUCCCGUACUGCAUACUAGGCUGACGAACCAGCAGUCACACGCGCAAAAUAUUCAAGCAGCCGCGAAACUUACACAUCCCGGCACCAAAGCAAUCCAGUCGGUAUCCUUUGUCCAGCAAUCUGGCGCGGAGAAUGACGAUCAAGAGUUGGAUCGCGCACUGAUCGUCCUGAAGCAAUUCAAGCCGAUUGGAGAGGCGCCGUUAGGCAACCUGUCGCACAAGGAGCGGCUGGGUUCUCUGCUGGCGCGAGGAUUCGCUGCCGCUAAGCAGACGCUGCAAGCUCGAGGAGUGAGCACUGAGGGCCUGAGUGUGAACACUGCCGCGGCGAACCCGGUAUCCGAGCUCAUGCGGCUUGCUCGCCGCGUGGACAGCAUCAAGCAAGCCGGUGGCGCACAGGGCGAGAAGAAGAUGGCGGAGGGAUUUGCGAUCGCGGACGAGUACUUCAAUCACGCGGGUCCGGUCUUCGACGACAACGACGUGGACCGGGCGACACUUUUAGCUUUCGAAAAGCUGUCGAGGCUGUACCAGGCGCUGAAGAAGAAGCGGGCGGCGCUCGAGGGAAUGCCGCUGGAAGAAAAAUUGCCGGGAAAAGGCUUGAGCGCGGUAGCCGCCCGCCUUGCAGAUGCCACCAGGGAUGGGAACGUUCCGCGCGCCGAUUCGACGAUUCAGCAGGUAGUGACGGAUAUCGACAGUCUCGCGUUCCGGCUGCUUCGCGAGGUUAUUGUGCCACGCACUCUGCGCAUGGUGCAGGUGGCGCUGGACGACAUCGUCCCCGCGAUGGGUAUCGAGAAGACCACGUACGAGGAGAAGAUGAAAAUGGACCGCAAGGAGCUCGAGUCGCUAUUUCGGCUGCAAGGAGGCGCGGCAGCCCGGGAUACCGUUGCGCGGCUGAACCGAGACAAAACGCGGCGGAAGGAAAUCUGGACCCGGGUACGGGAGAUCGAAGAGGAGGUGGAAAGCUUGAUGCAGGAGUGCGUUCUCCAGACGAAGCAGAAGGUAGAAGACAUAUUGAACGUGAUCGACACGGAGAAGCCCGACAUUGAGCGGGUCAUUAUUGAAAAAUUCGCGACCGAAGAAGAAAAUCUGGACACGAACAAAAUGACCAUGGACAGCGUCCCAAAGUUUCUGCGUGACAAGUGCCGGGUCCUGACCGACGAGAUACAGGCGACACGCGCGGACCUGAGCAAUCUGGUGGAGGGUGCCACGAGCAGCACUGGGAAGAUCAAAGCGACCGCACCAGCAGAUCCUUCCAGCGCCGAGUCGUUCUUAGAAGAAGGGGAAGCAGGAAAAAAUGGCAGCGCGGCACUUACAAGUGUAUCACUUUCCGACGCCGAGAAAAGCGGGGAGGGUGGUUCGACAUUCAACAAUCCCGUUGAGGACCUGUCGUUUCGCGAGCGUGUGGACAAAACCAAGGAGAUGGCGUUGCGGACUGUUGAACUAAAGAGCGCAUUCAAGACAUUACAGAAGGUGAGCACGAUGAGCAGCGAUGGUGCGCUGGCCACCAUGGGGCUCGAGGAGCUGGAGAACACGAUCGUCGAAAUGACGGCCGCGCUGCGCAGAGAGAGGGAGGGGCUCAGGUCCGUGGUAGAGCAGACGCGGAGUUACGUUGCUUCCGCACAAGCAGAGCGCGACUCGUUGGUUAGCAUCAAGGCAGGACUGACGCAGCUGAGCGUGCCCAUACCCUACCAAGCGUUCCGCGAGGACGUUGUGGGCAGUUACUUUCGCUUGGCUGACUGCAGCAUGUGCGUCCUCUCCGAGAACAGAAGUCUGACACUGAACGGCUUUCCGUUUUUGUGCGAAAACCCGAGCAGGCAGGAAUUAGUUCGGGAUGGGCUCGAAAACAUUCGGUUUUUGACCCCGAGCUGGUGCCUGCUGCACUGCGCGGCGCAGUCGGAUCUGUCCCUGGACAAUGCGGUGUACCAGCAACAGAAGUUUUCCGCGAUCGCUGCCGGUCCCGCAUCUUGUGUGGAGAUGGCCACCGUGUUUUCCGACGACCAGUGUGGGCAGUACUGCGAGAUGAAGAAGCCUGGUGGCGGGGCUGCCAACGGCAUUGAUCCUCUCUCAAACGCGCCCAACCUGCGCACCAGCUUGAAGUUCGGCUCCUGCCAGGUACAAAAGGAAUACGCUGACAAUGAGGAAAAGAUUCAGAAGGAGACCGGAAACAUCUUUGGGGCGGAUGUACGGGUGCCGAUACGUUGGUACGACCGACUGAUGCAGAUGCACGCCGCCUGCAACCACUGCUACCUUCGCAACCCCUUGCUGUGCUACCCCAACGAAUGGUUCGCGUCACACAUCGUGGAUAUUUGGGUCCCGUCUUCGACUAGGCCCGUCCGGCAGCGUUACGAAGAGCAAAACGCUCCCUGAGAGGUGUUUGCUUUUUAUAUACUUUCCCGCUGCCGCUGCGUUGUCCGUUGGAAGUAUGGUUCAUUGCGGCCUGUUCGGUCUGCCGUCUACGCUCGGCAGAGACGACAAUCUUGCUGCUCGGGCUUGCUUUGUGUAUCGUCCUUAAUGCAACUAGCGAAGAUCUCCCGAUAAAAACUCAACUCACUAGAAAGGCCAUGCGGAUCUUACCUUCGCCAGCCCGAGCGUUUCUCCUCCCUUCCGCACGUUCCGCAGGCGCUAGCGAAGGCGCCACGCGCGACAGGCGCUAGCGAUCACGAAAGCGCUUGCGAUCAUGAAAGCGCUAGCGAUCAUGAAAGCGCUAGCGAUGAAGGCCCUAGCGAUGAAGGCACUAGUGAUGAAUGCGAUAGCGAAAGCGCCACGCGCGACAGGCGCAAGCGAAGGCGCUAGUGAAGGCGUUGGCAUUGGGAAGCUCCGGCAGUGCUUUAUAUAUAUUCUUACGCAAGCGGGCGGGGAAGCCAAACCGCCCGGCCCCCGCCAAAGUCCCGCUCCCCGACCCACACCCUUCUUUUGCCUCGAGAUUGCCAGUGGAGCAGACGGGGGGCCCAAACAGACCGCCGGAAGCUGGGACAGUGCGCCAGGACCGGCGGGGCAGCGCGCUCAAACCUACCACGCGGGGAAAAGCAGUGCGCCAAACAAGCCGGGCGGAGAAAUCCAAUGCGUCGGGCCCGGGCGGAGCAGUGCGCCCUUCCAGCCCUCCCGCGGGUGGAGGGCGGAACAGCGCGCCCGGGCGGACCGGAUGGGGCAGUGCGCCGUGGCCAUCAGGGACGUGCAACUAGAAGCAGUACGUGAGACCCCCGGCGGGCAUUCCCGCAGGUACUACAAAGGUGUCGCGGGAAAGACACAGAACGGGGUUGGUCAGAAGCGUGCGCGCGUGUGUCGAAGAAGGUCAUCCCUGCGGCGUACAGCGAUCCGCGUGGUGCUUGGCGCCCGAACAACAACAGCGCCCGCCCUACGACCUGACACUUCACGAAGACCAAGGGCCGGCACGUGCCUGCGCUCGUUGCGUACGGGCUUCGUCUCUGUCCGCUUUGCUUUUCCGCGCGCCGUUGUUCGGGCGGGAGAAUGUAGAACCAAGGGCAAGACCGCCAGGGUCCCGGAGCGCCCUGCAGUAUUGCUAUCCGGGCACGGGGCGGAGGGACAGCGCGCUAGGGCCGGGCGGAACAGUUUCGCAGGAUCGGGCGGGCCAGUGGCCCCAGGAUCGCACGUCUGGGGCAGCGCGCCAAAAGAAGCCGCGAAGGGGGGUGCAGAGCAGUGCGCCCCGACCGGGGGGCUCCGGCAGUGCGCCCAAGCCCCGGGGGGUGCGGUAAAGUGCGCCUGGAUUGGGUGGGGCGCAAAGUGUUCCCGAGGCCGCGCUGUUCGGGGCGGAACAUUGUUCCCGGGCCCACGGGGUGGAACACUGCGCGCGCCGAGGCCGCGGGGGGGCAGGCGAGUGGCGAGGUGCGCCAGGAUCGGUCUUGGCACGCAGGGCGCCCGGACCUACCGCGGGGACGGAGAAAUAAGGGCAGUGCACCAAGACCGGGCGCAGUGGUGCGCGGGAGCGUCUCCCGCCGCACUGCCUCACUCGGUCCUGGCGCACUGUUCCAACCAUCCCCACCGGGCCUGGCCGCGCCGCUUCACCUCCCCGCGGAUUGGGCUGGAAGUGCGCCGGGGGUUGGAUCGACCGAGACUGACGCGCGCCUGCCCAACCAAACCGAGGAACAGCGGGGCCCGGACCAGGCGGCACAGAGCCUCCAAACCAUAGAGGGGCGGGGGGCGCGCUGGGCCCGGACGGGGAACGAAGCCAAGCGCGCCAAGGCCAGGUGGGGCAGUGCGCGCGCACAAGCCGCGGGGUGAGGGGGGCGCACACGCAGCGCGCCCAGAUCACGGGAGUGCGCCGGCUGGGCCCGGGGGGGCCAGUGCGUCGGGGGCGGGCGCCCGCCCAAAUAGCUCCGGAAGCGCGUGGCGGCGCGCUGGGCCAGGUGGAUGGGGAGGCGCGCCAGAACCGCGGGGAGCCUGCAGCGCGCCAACACCACGGCGCGGCAGGGUAGUGCGCCCGGAUCAGGCGAAACAAGGCCGCGCCCGGGGCGGGGAAAAAGGUUGGCGGGGCGGCGGAACAGUGUGCCCAGCUGGAAUCGAAUCUAUCGGCAGGGAGGCAUUUCUUUCGCUCCUGUAUUGAAUUGGGCCGCCAUUGUUUUCGAUCGUGCGCGGCGGCGGCGGCGGCUCGGGCAGUUUCGUCUGUGGAUUUCUUUCGUGGGUGAAAUCGAAUGGCAAGAGAAGGAGGCCUGCAACUGUGAAAGAAAGCGCAGGCGGUUUGGCGGGGAAGUGCGAGAUCGCUGCAGAGCAAAGGGGAAGCAUUGGGCCGGUGGUGUACUCGCGGCGCGUCCGAGCGGGGGUCUUGCCUAAGGCAGUGACCAGGAAGUGGCAGCAGUGGCGUGGUUGGUAUGAACGGGGCCUAAGAACACAGAAAGUUUCAAAUUGUAUGUGGUCUCGAGCAGUUGCAGUAGUGAAAAGGGAGGGUCGGAGGCUGCAAGCAAUACAGCGCUGAUUCCACAAAGGGAACUCGGUUUCGGUUUCGUACUGUGUGCGGACUGCUCGUAGAACGAAAAAGCAGUGAGCCCGUGCGACUAGGGUUGUAACUACGUAAGCAUGAUCAUGAUCUCGCUAGUGCCGGCGUUGGAAUGAACCGAAGGCGACUGUCCUGAACUAAUUCUGCCCGUUUUGGCUGAAGCUGUGUGCUUCUGCUUUUCGCCUAUUCUGCUAGUGCAGUGCCUUUUUUCUUGGAAGAAGACAGCGCGACAGUCUGUCGCUGGUGAGGUCCUGGCGUUCUCAUGCGGGGCAAUAUCGCAGAUACGUAACCAAGGAAGUCCGUUUUCUUUUUCAAUAAUGUAAACUAGCAACGCCAGCGUCUCCUGGAA